AUGAGGAGACGUAAGGUAUAUUUGAGUUGGGCCAAUAGCAUCCUUCGUGAUGCUGGCCAGGACAUUAAAGAUAUUGGAGAAAUACAACAAGGAAAAGUUCUGUGUCAGCUCAUUGACCAUCUGGACUUUAAUGCUCGUCUAGUCAGACAACAACAGCUGAAUGGUUGUGAUAAACCAGAAGAUUACAUUGAAUCAGCGAUUGAUCAUAUGCGUAAAAACGGAGUUAAAGUUUCCUUCAGUAUUCAAGAUCUAUUGGACAAAGAUGUGAAGUCUAUGCUUGAUGCCCUGUGGCUGAUUAUCCUGAACUUUUGUAUCCAUCCAAUAGAGCGUGGCAUAUUCCAAAGAAGUGUUGGUGUUGGCAAAAAGUAUGUCCUUGAAUGGUGUCAACGUGAGCUAGCAGCUGACUUUGAUCCCAAAAAUACCCUUGCAUACAAUUUGUGCACUGGUGAUUGGUUUAUCAAACUUCUACAGAAAUUUACAGGGAUUUCCCACUUGUCACAUGAGGAUAAAACAGACCAGGUUAAAACAUUGCUGGAAGCAGCAGAUGAAAAAUUGUCAAUUGAGCAAGGCAUUAUCAAUCCGUCCGAAGUUGUCGAUGGAACUAUUGAUGAACACACGUUGAUGAUAUAUAUCUCUCUGCUGCAGAGAAAGGUAGGAGGUAAUGAACAUGUUGAAAAUGGGGAUCAUGAUCCAGAUACUUCAGAGCAGGGAUUAAUUAAAAGUUCUGGAUUGCAUUACAUUCCAAAUGGCGGUGCUAAUAAUGAUGAUCAACUGAGUGUAACUAAUAAUGAUGAUCAACUGAGUACAACUUCUGGCUCUGCAGUCUCAGGAUAUAGUCACGGCGACUAUAAACAACGUUACAGUGAUCGUAGGUCUCCAAGUUGUGAAAGAUCAACAACUUCAGGAUAUAGUUGUAUUUCAGGUCUUACUGACUCAGAUCAACGAGAAAUUGGUAGUGACCGCUUGAAAGAUAGCUUCGAUAGAAAACAAAGAAAGAUUAGCCCUGGAAGUCCUGGUGUACAACGUCCUCGUAGUCAUCGCAUCAUUAUGGCAGAAAUAAAGGGAAAACUGGAUGCUGAACAGAGGAAAAAGGAAAGAGAAGAAGCAGAAAGGCAAAGAAAAGAGGAAGAAGAAAGACGAAGGAAGGCAAGACUUGAAAUGAGUAUGAGCCACGACAUGGGUGGUACACCUGGAAACAGGUCAUCUAGUGAUGAGGAAAGACGGAUUGGAGAAGGAAGUUCAUCUGUAGGAGGAAGUUCUUUGGGAGAGCAGCCUCAGCUGAUAGGUGCAAAUCCCCAGCUUUUUCCAGGAAUGAGUGGUGUUCCAAUUUUUGUGAUGCCCAGUCAAGGUCCACAGGCAAUGUUAUUAUUGCAAGCUCUCCAACAAGCACGUCAAGAAGCAAACUUCCAUGGUACUGAAAAAUAUGCUUCCUCAGAACAAACUCUGCCAAAACUGAACGCAUUGUUAGAUUUGGAUACUGUUGACGAGUACAGUCCGAUCAUAGCAACAAAUGGUGGAGAAUCACUAGAAUAUAUCAAGGAAUCUCCAGCAAAAGGAAAAGAAUCUCCAAGAAGGGAAUCCCCAAAAAGGGAAUCGCCAAGAAGGGAGUCUCCAAGAAGGGAAUCCCCAAAGAGGGAAUCUCCAAGGAGGGAGUCUCCAAGAAGGGAAUCCCCAAAGAGGGAAUCUCCAAGGAGGGAGUCUCCAAGAAGGGAAUCCCCAAGGAGGGAGUCUCCAAGAAGGGAAUCCCCACGCAGGGAGUCUCCAGGAAGGAUAUCCCCAGGAAGGGAUUCCCCAAGAAGAGCUGGAUCACCUGAAUUCAGACCAAAUAAACGGGGCAUCCUUGAGGUUGUUCAUGACCCACUUGAACUAAAAGAGGAAAUUAACGAUUUAUCUACAACUGGAAGGGAGGCUGAACAAAGACGAUUUCCUCGAGUUGAUUUAACAGAACCUGUAAAAGCCAUUAUUGAAAGGGACAGAAACUCUCCCAGGGAUCGAAGCCGAAGUAAAUCACCUCGAGAACGGAGAUCACUUACACCUGGAACUUCAGACAAUGAAGAAAUGACAGACAGAUCUCAGGAAGACGAAACGAUACCUAAAUCUAUACUUAGAAAUAAACUUUCUAGUCCAGAGCGUGCUAGUCGACGAGACAAGACUAUUCCUGGGGGCACAUUUGAAAAACUCCGUUCGGAUCAUUCUCCAUCUUUAGGGAGACGAUCUAGUCCUGAUAGAUCACAUAGAGAACUUUCUUCUGGAGAGAGGUCUUCAGCUUAUCCUCAGUCUGAUGGAGAGGAAGGAUCUGACAGAAGAGAUAGUUCUCCUGGGACAAACACCAAUAACUCAGAUCCAAAUAAACGACUAGUUCGAGUAUUGAACCGGGAGUUAGAACUUUUGCGAUUAAAAAUGGAUGUUCUUGAACGUGCUAAUAUGUCAGAGGAUACUGACUUGGAAAAUCUUGAAAGUGUCACUACAAAAUUAUCAGAAAAAGUGAAAGAAACUCUAAAUAAAGCCACGUCUUCCCCAAAGAGACGACAGUCUCCUGAAUCUCUAAGGGGGCGCAAGUCUCCAGAUUAUGAACGUGGACGAAUGUUCCUCAAGAAAGGAAUUGAUUCUCCACCUCGAUCAAGUUCAGACAAUAGGCCAAGUCGAAGACAUCCAUCUCCAGACCAAACUUUGGAAAGCCCUCGAUCUCACAGUGUUGGGGACAAGAUUUAUGAGGAUCAAGAUGGUCAAAUGAACUUUUCGCCAAUAACGCGUGGAAAACCUAUCAGCCUUGGUUACACAAGUCCAAUUCGGAAUGUUUCAGAAGAAAUCUGGGGGGUUGAUCUUUCUGACCUGGAUUCAAGUUUCGAUCCUGACAGAAUGAGAAAAUGGAAAAAACUGGCAUCCAUGGAUAACGUUACAGAUCGUGAGGUUGUUCAGCUGAAACAAGGUUUAGCUUCAGCUGUUUCAGAAAUAGAUAUUCUUCAGGCAAAAUUGAAUAAUGCUAAUGCAGAAAUUAAGGCAAAAAUGUCAAAAACAAGUGACAUUCUAAAUGACUGUCGAUCUCACCUUGCUAAAUCUCAGGCAGAAAAUAUGGAAUUACGCACCCAACUUGAAAAGGAACGCACACGAAAUGACACAUUGGAGAAUCGUAUACGAGAUACAGAUGGCAGUCUAAACGCCGCUAAAUCAGCCAACGACGACUUAGAGGCAGAGCUCGACCAAACACGAUCACUCCUUAAGGGUGCUAGUAAAAAAGAUAUCCCAACACUGAAAUCUCUUGUGGAAGAGAGAGAUCGACUUCUGGAGGUUCUAGCCAGCACACAGAAAGAAAAUACUCGACUUGUACAGUGUGUGGAGCAAAAUAAGAAACGAAUCUGGAAGGGUCAAACAACAGUAAAUGAUCUCCGAGGAAUUCUGGACGAAGCAAUCAAGGAGCGGCGACAGCUGUAUGAUGAAAUCAAACGCCUGCAGACAGAAGGCCAACUGUCUCAGGUCUCUGGAAUAAUUGGGAAGUACAUGGAGAAGGGUCUUUAUGAUAUGGAGGAGCGGCAACGACACUUUAAUGGCUAUGUCACAAGAAGUCGAUCAAAUUCUGAUAUUUCGCAGCCUUCUGUAUCGGAACUACAAGAAGAACAGGACCAAAGACCUGUAUCACCAAAUCCUCUCCGUCGGUCCACAUCCCCAGCCAAUGUCAUCAAACAGUCAAAAACUAAACGGUCUGUAUCACCAAAAUUAUAUACUGAUUCUGUUGAACGAGUCAAAAAGUCACACGUUCAUGUUCCAGUCAAUGUGACAGACGGUCCCAAUAAAACUUCCUUUUUCAAUGUGUCUGGAGUUUCAACUUCUGUUGAUGAUGACAUUGAUGACGAGUAUAAUUAUGAAGACAUUUCGGUGCCAUCAAAUUUUCGUGAAAUUUAUCCCCAUCGAAAGUCACGUUCUUAUAGAAAUAACUUCUCGUUGUCAAUGGAAUCUGAUGGCAGGCGGUCACCAUCUGACUUUGAAGAUAUGGAAGUGCAGAAACUGAUGGCUGAACAGCAGCCUGUCCGAAGGCUCGAUUUCGACAAAGAUUUGGAUGAUAGUUAUUUAACACGAGCUCCAAAGAAAGAUUUUCAUCAUCGUAGAUCACGCAGCCCAGGUCUGAGCAGAAGUCCCGGAGCAAUGGACAUUUCGGAACUCAGGGAUCAACGCCAACCAAUAAGAAGACAACUCUAUUACAAUAGUCCAAAUCAAAACACUGAGGGUGAUGGCAGCAACAAAAUAUAUCUAGCCAAACAUGAUGGACGAGAGCUCAUAGAAAGUAUCAUAGAAUCACCAGUAGAUAAUCGAUUCCGUAGUGUUUCCCCACGGGACACUACCCCACCAGCUAGACGGUCUCGUUUAGAUAUAGACAUAAAUAAUAGCAACAAGAUUUUCAUUGAAGCCUUAAACAGUGCUGUACAACAGGAAAAUGGAAAACGUUAUUUUGAUGAUUUUGAUAUUAUAUCUCCAAAAUCUCCAAUGGAUACUAGAAACACCAUAUUAUCCUCCAGCUUAGGACAGGAAAAGGAGCGACAGAGGUCUCAAAGUCCUGGUUUAAAAAGUAUUCUGAAGAGUACGAAGGGGGAACAGAAUCUGAGCAUAAAGGAAGGAUUUCCGCAUUACAGUCGUUCCUCAUAUUCUCGCUCUGUCUCACCUGUAAGAUCACCAAGAUCAAGGUCUCCAAAAUCACCCAGGUCAAGGUCACCUGUUAACUCUGGCAUUGGCAAACCUCUUUUUGGAAGUGGAACAGCGAAACGAUCUGGAAUUAUUCGAAAUCCCUCGGACCUCUUCUCUGAAGAUAGCCUUUCAUCCCAGGGUCGUUUCAUGCCACCAUCGACACAAUACCGUCACAAUCCACUCCAUAUUCUAUUUAUGGACCCCAAGCUUACGAAUGAGCAACAGUACAAGAGUGAAUUAACAGAUAUCUGUGUCACCAGUGGAUCCGAUACUGAUCAAGACUAGAACUUCAGGGAAUCCUGAUGGUCUGUUUCACCAAAUCAUUUCAUUGUUAAUUUCAUUAGGGACUUUCUCAUCCUAUUGGAGAUAUCUCCAUUUCAUCAAUCAGACUUUGGAUUU